ACUAAGUUCUUCCUUCCUGUUUCCUGCAAUCUAGGCGGAUCCCAAGGUGAAAACCGUUAAAAGUUACUCUUGUCUUUUUUUACCGCGGGGGGAGAAGUGCUUGUGGCCCUUCCUUUUCUCCUCCCCCAUUAAUGAACCGUUAUGGCUUUCUUUCAGAAAGAAUGAAACUCUUUCUUGAAGAAGUCCAGUAGGGCCAAGGGGUUGAACAGCCAUGUCCAGCAGUGUGUAAGUGGUGACCAUGAUAGUCUCGUGACCUGAGAAAAAAGGAGUGAAAAAAAAAUUACUCUGUCUCUGUGUCUGUCUGUCUCUCUCUUUCAGAGAUAUCUCGCACUCCAAACUUAGUCUUGGGCAGUUUUGCUUCCUGGGAUCUUUUUCUUGGUUGCCUUUCCGCUCCAAGGUGGGAGAAUGCAGAUACCCGUGUCGUUGCAUCGAUGAAAUUUUAAGUUGGAUCUUGAACGAUUUCUUGAGAAGGGGAUCCUGUUUUUGGUCACUAUGAUUGCACUCUGAAUCGAAUAUGAAGGCUUAUCAUGACUUCAGCCCAGUCCCAGCAGUUUUCCGUUGCGGAUUCUGAGCAUAGGCCACCAUUGGUACCAUCAGACAAGAAUAGCAAUGGCGUCGCAUCUCGGAAGCCCAGAACCAGAGAGGUCAGCUCUCGGUACAAGUCUUCGUUGCCGUUCUCUUCUUCCUCUUCUUCUUCUCUUGCUACUACUCCCACUGUUCCAUCGCUCUCGAGAAGAUGUCCUUCCCCGAGUAUUUCCCGAGCUUCCCCUUUACCGGAUCCGAAGCGAGCCCAAUCGGUGGAGAGGAGGCGGACUUCUUCCCCAUCUAGACCAACCACGCCUGUUCACGACUCGAAAUUGAACAAUGGGCUCUCUGAUUCGAAGCGUUUCGUCGGCCGGUCACCGGAGAGCUUAUGGCCUUCAACACGCAGUUUGUGCGUUUCUUUCCAGGCGGAUAGUUUCACUCUUCCUAUUACCAAGAGAGAACGGCCUGUAAGUCAUUCCACGGAUCGCACAUUGGCGCCGUCUGCGAAUAGGCAAUGUGAUUCGCCUGUGCUUCAGCGCAAGGCAACACCAGAGAGGAAACGAACACCAUUGAGAGGUAAAAAUGCUGAUCCGUCUGAGAAUUCAAAGCCUUUGGACAAUUGUCUUUCUAGAAAGAUUGAUCACCAUCGUUGGCCGGGCAGAAGUCUGGUGAAGGGGGAUUCCUUAAACAGAAGUGUGGAUCUCUCUGAUAAAACUAGUAAAGCUGCUGCGUUGUUAGUACAAGCAUGGGGAGCUCGAUCAGAUGCUAUAGGCAGAGGCUUUCAGCAAUCUGUAAAUGAAGGGAACUUCGCCACGGACCGCAAACGCGUGGUGAGGCGAAUGUCGUUUGAUGGAACCGCAGAACAUGAGAUUAGCAGGACCCUCAAUCUGGACAAUUUGCAUUUAGCUAAUAGUAGACACUUGCAGACAGACAACACAUCCCAUGAUGCAGACCCUGCGAGCCCGGAUUGUUGCUUGCGUUCCUCUGAUUCUUCAUCUGGUGUGGACUCUGUUUCAACUGGAAGUGAUUUGAAUGUAGAGGAACAGAUUGGUGAUCCGAGAAAUUCCAAUGGCAGAGCCUCAACAGCUAGGGGAAUUGUUGUGCCUGCAAGGUUUUGGCAGGAGACGAACAAUAGGGUUCAACGAACUCAUCCACGGAGAUACUCUACGCCUGAACGAGACUCAGCGUCUGGCACUUUGGUUGGUUCUCAAACGGUUGGGCGUCCCAAGCAGCUGUUGUCAAAUCCACCAGAAAGGUCUUCUUCAAAUCCUCGUUCGAGUAGAACUCAAUCUCUACCUGCAUCUCCCAAUAAAUCUUUGGUAACAUCAUCGCCUUCACGAGGCUUCAUCAGUCCAUCCCGGGUGAGGAGUGGGACAUCACCUUCAACUAACACUAUUGCUAGUCGAACCAGCAAUUCUUCAUCCAUUCUCAAUUUUAUGGUGGAUGUGAGGAGAGGAAAGAAAGGUUUGAACCAGUUAGAAGAUGCUCAUCAUCUUCGGCUUCUUCACAACAGAUAUUUGCAAUGGCGAUUUGUGAAUGCGAGGGCUGAUGCUGCUUUAGCCAUACAACAUGUGGCAGCAGAGGAUCUCCUCCACAAUGUGUAUAUGACAACUUCAGGUCUUCGUCAUUGUGUGACUCUCAAAAGGAUCAAGGUGCAACAACUAAGGAGAGAUAUCAGUUUCUAUCUAAUACUUAAAGAACAGAUACCUUAUCUAGAUGAGUGGGCCUUGACAGAGAAAGAACAUUCUUCUUCUUUAUCUGCUGCAAUUGAAGCUCUGGAGGCUAGUACAAUUCGGCUUCCAAUUACAGAUGGUGCAAAGGCAGAUAUUGAGGCAGUCAGGGAUGCCAUUAUGUCAGCAGCUGAAGUGAUCCAAGCAAUGGGUUCACCUGUGCCUUCUCUACUAUCAAAGGCAGAGGACAUGAAUGAUUUGAUCUCCGAACUUGCUGACACCACUUUGCAAGCUAGAGCCCUGAUUAAUAAAUGUCGAGAUCUACUAUCAAAAAUUGCAGCAAUUCAGGUGGAAGAAUGCAGCCACAGGACACACCUGAUGCAACUGAAGCGUGCAAUUACUGAUGAAAAGCAAACAAAUCUAGCAGUACAAGGAAUGGUUUGAGACUGUGUGGCAGGAGGUUACAGUGAGUGUAAAUUAUCUCUUCUUAUUGCGGUUUCGCAUGUUUAAUUUCAAGCUGAUUAGAUCAAUGCCCAUGCCUUAUCCUAGACUGGGUAUCAAGUGCCUCCUUCCCCAUGUGAUAUUCAUGUAAUUUUCACAUUAAAGUAAUUCAAAAAAUUCAAGAGUGAUAACAAAGAAAUCAGAAAGGGGCAGGAAGAAUAAAAUCUCUC